AUGGCAGCAGGCUUAGCAAAGUGCUCCGUGUUUGCACCGUCUCCAGGAAACUGCACUCAUCCAGGCGUCCACAUGCCAGGAGAUUAUAAACCAGUUUACACCACAGUAGUCUUCAGUCUUCCAUCCCUCCGUCCCUCCACCCCUCCGCCCUUCCAUCCCUCCACCCCUCCAUCCCUCCACCCCUCCGUCCCUCCGUCCGUCCGUCCCUCCGCCCCUCCAGCCUUCCAGCCCUCCGCCCUUCCAUCCCUCCACCCCUCCAUCCCUCCAGCCUUCCGUCCCUCCACCCCUCCGUCCCUCCGUCCCUCCACCCCUCUGUCCCUCCAUCCCUCCAUCCCUCCAGCCUUCCAUCCCUCCGUCCCUCCACCCCUCCGUCCCUCCAUCCCUCCACCCCUCCAUCCCUCCACCCCUCCAGCCUUCCAGCCCUCUGCCCUUCCAUCCCUCCACCCCUCCAUCCCUCCAGCCUUCCGUCCCUCCACCCCUCCGUCCCUCCGUCCCUCCACCCCUCCGUCCCUCCAUCCCUCCACCCCUCCAGCCUUCCAGCCUUCCGUCCCUCCACCCCUCCGUCCCUCCGUCCCUCCACCCCUCCGUCCCUCCAUCCCUCCGUCCCUCCACCCCUCCGUCCCUCCAUCCCUCCACCCCUCCAGCCUUCCAGCCCUCCGCCCUUCCACCCCUCCACCCCUCCAUCCCUCCAGCCUUCCGUCCCUCCACCCCUCCGUCCCUCCAGCCUUCCGUCCCUCCACCCCUCCACCCCUCCAUCCCUCCAUCCCUCCAGCCUUCCGUCCCUCCACCCCUCCACCCCUCCGUCCCUCCGGCCCUCCAGCCUUCCACCCCUCCACCCCUCCAUCCCUCCAUCCCUCCAGCCUUCCACCCCUCCACCCCUCCAGCCCUCCACCACCACAGCUGCCUGGCUCGCUGGUCAAUGUGCCAACUCCUCGGCGCAGCCAGAGACGGGGCUGA